GCAUUACUGUCGCGUAAUAAGUAAAAAAAAUUAAUGGCGACUUAAAAAAAUUUAUUAUUUUGAAAGUAAAUUUCAAAAAUUUUAUUUUAAUAAUUAAUAUUAAUUAAAAUUGAAAUAAUUAAUUAUAUGUAUGGUAGAGUACAUAAAUUGAAACAAAAGAAGAUCACAAGACUAAACAGUAGAAAUGGAUCCAGCACAUAAAUAUUGGCACGAAAAAUCUUCAGCUUUAAAAAUACCAGGUCGCACGAGUCAAAAUUAUGAACAAACCAUUAAAUUGACAAUGGAACGUUUGCUAGAAUGCGAAGAACACUAUCCGAUGAUGAAGUAUCAGUUGAAAAGUAAAGAAAAGUCUUGUGAGAAAAUAAAAGAUGGUAAUAAAUAUUAUUUGACCCAAAGUAAAAUGGAAUUGGCACUCGAGUUAUUCACUCAGGGAAUAGCAUAUGCACCGUUGAGUUCAAAAGAACUGGCUAAAGGCUACGCAAAUCGGUCAGCAGUCACAUGCCAGACUGGACAUCAUCAAGAUUCGCUUAAAGACAUCGAACGGGCAUUAAAAAUUGGGUAUCCAGACGAUUUGAAAGCUAAGUUGUACGCACGUCGUGCUAAAAAUUUACUGUCAUUAGAUCCAACGAUGCGGCCUGAAGUUGAAGAAGCUAUAAGUCAAGCUCGGCAUUGGAUAUCAGCAAUGAACUUUGCCAGUAGAAAGAAAAUUGAAAAUAUGUUACAGGAGCUCGUGGAAAUUCCUUCCACAAGAAUUGAAGAUCUAAAACUUCAGAAAUUAGUUUUUUCAGUACCCAGUACUAAUACGAAAAUACUUCGAGCUUCGGAUGCUAUUGCUAUAAAAUACAAUGAACAAUCAGGACGUCAUAUUGUAGCUACCAGAAAUAUUGAUGUGGGAGAGACUGUACUAGUUCAUGAGCCAUACGCGACAAUAAUUACUCCCCAGAAUUUAUACCGACACUGCUGGCACUGCUAUAAGCUCGUUAUGUCUGGAAUCCCUUGUCACGAGUGUGUUAAUGUUGUUUACUGCGAUGAAAAUUGUCUUGCUGAAGCAUGGAAGGAACAUCAUCACAUCGAAUGUCCUAUUAUUACUUCAAUGCUACUCAACAAUAUGAAAACUCCUGAAAUUAUGGCUCUAAGAAUGCUUGUGAAAGCUUUGAACGAAGUGGGAUCAAUCGAUAAUUUGAAAGACCAAGUUGAUAAAUUAAAUUUAGUCAUUGAUCCUAUCAAUAAACUUUUAACUGAUGGAAUUUUUGACGACACUAAAUACGCCAGUGUUUUUGGAUUAACAUCAGAUACUUCAUUUCUUUGGAAAUCACAAAGUUACACUUAUCACUUAAAAAGUAUUUUUAUUUUAUUUUAUUUAGCAGCGACAACUGACAAUAUAUUUGAUGGAAAAAUAACUGACUUCAAAGAUCUUGCUGAUGAUGAGCAAGCGUUAUUUAUUGGAGGCUUAUUAUUAAAACAUUUUGAUAUCGGUUUAUUGAACUCAUGUUCGGCGCAGAUAUUUGGAGACGAGGAUGAAGAUAAAUCAUUACGAGGAAUAAUGCUUUUGCCUUUGAUAAGUUUAUGCAAUCACAGUUGUUUUUUCAACAUGUGUUUUCACACAUCUGGCGAAUCGGUUGCAUUUAAUGCUAUUCAAACAAUAAAACAAGGAGAACAAUUAACACUUAAUUACGGUGCUAAUUUUCAGCUUCAUGCUACAGAAGACCGAACAAAAUUUCUUAAAAAUCGUUACAAUUUUUUGUGUAAUUGUGUCGCUUGUUUCAAUAACUGGGGCCCUGACACUGAAUUCCCCUCAUUAUUGGAAUUAUCUGUACCCAAGGAAAUAAUUAGAAAAAUUCGAAUGGCAAUGGUUGAAGAGAUAGAUAAUUAUUUGUCAAUUUUAAAUUUCAAAUCGACCAAGUCACUGUUAGAUACUUCAAAAACUCUUGAAAGUACCUUGAAAUUAUUUAAAUUAUAUGAAGAAGCAAAUAUUGGUUUCCCCUGUGCUGAAAUCAUCGAUUACAGAAGUACUUUAAUUCUGUUAUACUUUCAGGGUUCUUAUUAA